AUGCGGUCCCACGGCACGGUUCGGAGGGCGUCUUCAGGGAAGGGCCACUCCGGGGCGGCGACGGCUGGUGGGAUCGGUGGUCCGGGCGGCGGUGACGCUGCUGGGGUGAUCUCCUGCGGCGAGGGUCCGGUAAAGUACCUCGGAGUUGGUAGUGGAGCUGGCGGCGUCGGUAGCGGUGCUGGUGUCAUCGUCAGUAGUGCUGGCUGUGUCGGCAGCGGUGCUGGCGUCAUCGGCAACGGUGUUGGUGGCGGCGUGGACCGUGGCGGAGUCGGCAGCACUGACGGCGGCGGCGGCGCUGGCGGGGCGGCCUCCGGCGGGGCCGUGCUGGGCCCCGCGAUCGUCAGGGACGCAAUGUCCGGCAAUGGGUGUCGGUGCGGGCAUCACGUGCUCGGUGGUUAUCCUCGGUGGACGGCUCGUUGCCGUCAUCGUUGUCGUCGUCGAGGUUUGAUAGGGUAG